AUGGCGCCGCGGUCCUACUCCAAGACCUACAAGGUCCCUCGUCGACCCUUCGAAUCUGCCCGUCUUGACUCCGAACUCAAGAUCGUCGGCGAAUAUGGUCUGCGCAACAAGCGUGAAGUCUGGCGCGUCCAGCUUACUCUGUCCAAGAUCCGUCGUGCUGCUCGUCAACUCCUGACCCUCGACGAAAAGGACCCCAAGCGUCUCUUCGAAGGCAACGCCCUCAUUCGCCGUCUCGUCCGUGUCGGUGUGCUCGACGAAUCGCGCAUGAAGCUCGAUUACGUGCUCGCACUCAAGGUCGAAGAUUUCUUGGAGCGCCGCCUGCAGACCUGCGUGUACAAGCUCGGGCUGGCCAAGUCGAUCCACCACGCCCGUGUGCUGAUCAAGCAGCGUCACAUCCGCGUCGGCAAGCAGAUCGUCAAUGUCCCCAGCUUUGUGGUCCGACUCGACAGCCAGAAGCACAUUGACUUUGCCCUGACGAGUCCGUUUGGCGGCGGCCGACCUGGUCGUGUUAGGAGGAAGAAGGCCAAGGCCGCGGAGAAGGGCGAUGGUGACGAUGAGGAGGCCGGCGAGGACGAGGAGUAG